AUGAUGUUGAGAUCCUUACUCUCCAUCGCCGUCCUGGCCGGCUUUGUCGUGAGUUAUGACCAGGUUCUUGGCUUUAACGGCAAAAUUCAAAGGGAGACCAGGUCUCUGGACGAGAUUUACAAGGCAGCAUUGAAGGAGGGCGAUACCGUCACUCUCUGGCACGGCGGAGAUGCCACAAAUCAACAAGAUCGACUGAAGCAAGCUUUCGAAAAUCGCUUCCCUGAUAUCACGCUCAAUCUCACAGUCGAUCCAUCCAAGUACCAUAACGUUAGGCUGGAUGAACAAUUAGCUGCUGGUGGGAAAUCUGUCUAUGUGGAUAGCAUCAUCCUGCAGACCUUGCAUGAUUAUUCUCGGUGGGCCCAGGAGGGGGCGUUACUUGACUACGCGCCCAAAGGAUUCGACGAGAUUGACCACGCUUUCAAGGACAGUGAUGCGUAUUGGUAUGGUGUGUAUGUUCUGUUCUGGUCGAAUGCGUGGAAUACAGAGAAGCUUCCUGGAAUCAAAGAGCCUGUGGAAUACGACGACUGGCUUCGCCCAGAGUUUAAGAAUAAGCUUGUUCUGACAUAUCCCAAUGACGAUGAUGCCGUUCUGUUUGCUUUCUAUCUCAUUCUGCAAGAGAAUGGGCUCUCUUGGUUCGAGGCCCUGCUAGAGCAGAACCCCCGAUGGGUUCGUGGCAUAGCGAAUACAGAAGCAAUCGCCCGGAACCAAAACUUUACCGAAGCCGCCUACUUUGCAGCAGCCGGAGGAUUCGGCACUUCCAAGUCUAUGAAGUUCUCAAAGCCCAAGAAAGGAAAAUACGUAUCAUGGGCACAAUACGCUGGCAUUCUCAAGGAUGCCCCUCAUCCAGAGGGAGCGAAACUGCUGCACAACUUCAUCCUCAGUCCUGAGUACCAGUCUAAUUCAGGGACAUGGUCUGUUCGUCGAGAUAUCCCGGCGCCGGAAGGAUUUCCUGAUCUUUGGAAUGAGACUGCUACCAACCCAGCUGAGUUCGCGCGGUUUAUGGAAGAUCGGGCUUUGGUUGAGAGGCUGCGGUUUUGGUUUGAGGCUCGUAUUGGGUUGCCGGAGGGUGUUGAUCCUGUAAAUGAUCCCAUCGACACGGUGUAA